AGGAAAGCAAAUGUACAGCGAUUCAUCAGCGAAUCUGUAUACGAUCCCGCGAACAACUCGGGUAGCUUCGAUUUGUUGUUGUAAACCAAUGCAUUUGUUGGUGUUGUUGGUGUUUGGAGCAGUCUGACAACCGCGCGGAUUGUACACUUUUGUAUCGACGGUAGAACGAGCGUGAGUACGAGCAAGAGGGAUUAACGCAAGAGAAGCGAACGGCAUGAGAAAACUCAUCAGACACGACUCGAGCUUUCUGACCGACUCUUGCUCAGUGUAAGUGCGAGCAGGCACGGGAUACUGUUUAGAGGGAGACAUUCCGGCAUUUGCUUUUGACAAGUCGAAACUUUUUGCUUGGGAAAAUUGUCACUCAGUAGAGAGUGUUAAAAUAUUCAAAUUGUUUUAAAAUAAAGAAAAACUAUCAGCACUUACAAUUACAAGUGAAAAAAUGAUUUCGGCCUAUUACGUAAGUGAUAGUGACAGCAGUGAAGAGGAAGCAAAAGAAAAUUUUGCUGCAUAUCGGAGAGCACUACGAGUUUCGUCGGACCCAUUACAACUUCCAAACAAGCAAUUUCUGAAAAACUUUCGAAUAUCCAAAGAAAUUUUUACAGAAAUACUUGAAGAAAUUGCACCAAAAUUUCCUCCUGUGCAUAGUUCGGGCAUGACGAUUAAGCAAAAGUUGGCAGCUACAUUACGAUUCCUGGCGGAUGGUAGUUACCAAAACGGAGUCGGAAAUGAUUUCAAUGUUGCCGUAGCUCAAUCAACAUUCUCGACUAUCUUAAACCAGACACUAAAAAUUCUGGAGGAAUCAUUGUGUCCUAAGUGGAUAACCCUGGAAAUGAAUAGCGAAGAGCAACAAGCUGCAAGGUGUUAUUUUUUUAGGAAAAGUUCCAUUCCGGGUGUAGUUAUGUGUGCGGAUGGUACUCACGUAAAAAUAAUAGCGCCAAAGAAUGAUAAGGACCAAUUUUACAACAGGAAAGGAUUUUACAGCAUGAAUGUUUUAGUGGUAAGUAUCAAAAUUUAAUGAUAAGUGUUAUUAAACAAGUUUUUACACUUGAAACCGUUUUCCGAGAAAGAUUAUUCCCGAAAAAAAGAAAUUUUGUUUCGAAACGUCACGCAGAAUGCGUUGUAUUCUUUUUUAGAAUCCUAAAACGUUUUUAUUAUCUUUCAAGAUGUGCGACCACAACAUGCACAUAAGGUAUGAUAAUGCUGGUUUUAGCGGAGCCAAUCACGACUCACACGUAUGGACGGUGAGUGGUGUGGAUAUUUUUUUCGCUAGCAAGCAUCAGAAUGGUGAAACUGCGUAUAAAGUA